AUGUUCCAUGUGGUCCUAAUUCUACUGCUGAGUGGUACCGGAAACGCUGUGGACUGCCACCUACCACGCGAUCGAGGUUACUCUUGUGAUGAAGUCGAGAAAACGUUAUUCUACUACGAUGCACGAAUUGGUAAUAUUUUGCAGAUUCAAAGCUUCCUGAGACAGACAUAA